UGAUCCGCUCAGUAGUAAUUGGUGGCACCAAGUGGAACUCGAUCCAUCGAAGUUCCGGCUAGUUUCGAAGGGGGAAAAGGAAGAGCGAUCGGACGCGAUGGCUGUCGAUGGUGAGGAAGACGAUCUGCUCCUCCCGCUACGCCGCCUCGAGAUCUCCGACAACGCCAAGGGCUUCGUCGAGCUCCUCUCCCAGCUCAGCCCCGCCACCUCACCCCUCUCCGACGCCGACUUCCUUGCCCGAUUCGCUGACCUAGCUGCCCUCGGAGACGACCACCUAAUCGUCGUAGCCGAGGACCAACGCUCAGGCCGGAUCGUCGCCACUGGCAGCGUCUUCCUCGAGCGCAAGUUCCUCCGCGGCGGCAGCAAGGUCGGCCACAUCGAGGACGUCGUCGUCGACGCCGCCGCCCGCGGCCAACAUCUGGGGCAGCGGGUGGUCCGCUACCUCGCGGACCACGCCAAGGCCGCUGGCUGCUACAAGGUCAUACUCGACUGCACGCCCGAUCUGAGGUCGUUCUACGAGAAGUGUGGGUUCACGGAGAAGAACAUCCAGAUGGCCCUCUACUUCUGAUCACAGAAUGGCCCGUCGUCUACUUGAUUCAUUGCUCGGAUAUGUGUUGCCUAGCCAUGCAGCUAUUCAAUGAAAAGAACCCCUGCCAACAAUGAUCCACAAUUACAAAGAUAAGCAUCAACUGAAGGAUCUUGCUGCAGCUGAUGUAUUAGACGAAAACCAGGAUGACCUAUAACUCCACCCACAAUAGAUCGACAUCGAGACAGAAUGAAAUAGACCACAAUGGAGGUCACCCAUGGAUUCUAUUUGUCGCCUGUUUCUUGAAUUCUGGAAACCAAUCUCCUCUUAAAUCUUAGUCACUCUUUUCACCAAAAGUCUUUUGGGAUUUGAUUGCUGAUGAGGAAGGAACUUGAACAGGGUGGCUUUUCAUUGAUCAGAAUACGUGUUUGUAUGUGAAGAUCAUCUUAGCUGAAACUAAAAUAUAAUCAAUUUGAAUCUUAAAUAUUCA